AUGGCUGGCAUCUUGGAUGGUUUGCGAUACAAGCCAGAUGAUCAGUUUGCCAAUGGAGCUGAGGACUUCAAUGCGGAAGGCAAGUUUGGAGUUCCCCGCUUCGGAGGCGAACCCGCAGCCCUACAAGAGUACUGCUUCAGAGUGAGAGCACGUGCGAAGCGUGAGUCUUUGAUGGAGAAGUCUGAGGUGGCGAAGCUUGGUCCCCUUGGUCUUCGCCUGAUUGAAGGCCUCAGAGGACAAGCUCUACGACUAGCACAACAAGUUGAUCAGCAGGCUUUGGCAGGUACGGAAGGACAUGAGAUCCUCUUGACCCUGUUUGAGAAGAGCCUGAAGCCCCGAAAGACACAGGAAGCACGUGAGCUCUAUGCUGCUGGCAGUAAGGAUGGAGGACUGCUCAGUCGCCAACAUGGUGAACCAAUGUCAUCAUACAUCAUGAGGAGACGUGCAUGGUGGCAUCACUUGCAGCAGCUGGAUGGCUCAAUGCAAGUAUCAGAAGGUAUCCUUGCUGAACAACUCCUGGUCAAUGCCAACAUAUCAGAAGAUCAGCGGUUGAUGGUGAGGACCACAGUUGGGUCCAACAUGACUGUGGAGAAGGUGUGUGAUGAGUUGCUCAAUCAUCACCCAAGGAUUCACGAGAAGGAGAAGCAUGGCUAUAGCAAGGGUAAGAACUUUGGCAGCCGUGGACAUCACCGUCCAUGGAAACAGUCGUCUUUCAAAGGCAACAGAUCCUUCUUUGGUGAUGGCGAUUGGGAUGAUGAUGAAACUCACUCCUUUGCCAACUUCACUGAAGAGUCCUAUGACCCUGAGAAUGACCAUUUCGAAGGGUACGUUGCUGAGUAUGACGAAGCCACAUCGUAUGACAUGGUCCUUGCAGAGCACAUGGCUAUGUACUUAGAUGAAGGCCUCAACAUGGAAGAUGAAGAAUCAUGCAACAUGGCAGCAGAAGCAAUGCAGUUGGAGUAUGAAGCAAUGUUUGUCAGGAACCAGGCGAAGGGCAAGGGACUUCAAGGUUUUGCUGCUCCUCGCCAUUUUGAGGUUUCAGGCCAACUUUCCAUGCAGGAGAAGAAAGCCCGUUUGCAGCAGUUGAAGAAUCGCACGGAGUGCAGGAAGUGCGGUCAACGUGGUCACUGGAGCGGUGACCCUCAGUGCCCGAAAUCUUCCAAAGGCAGUUCAAAAGGCAAAUCGUCAGGUUCCUCCUCUACCUCCAAGAGUUUUGGCAAGAAGGCUGGAAAAGGUCAAAGCGGAGAGAAGACUAGGGUUGUCUACUUUGCCAUGCAUGGGUCUCAUGAUGGUGAAGCUCCUGAAUGCAACAUGGCCGUACAUCAUGAGUCUGAGCGUGGUGAUGAGUCAAGCCACAACCCAACUACUCCUCCAAGAAUGACCUCUAGCACAAGUAUGACCUCUGUUCCGCCUUUGUCAUCAUUUUCCAGAAUGCCCGGACCCAAUCAGAGCUCUUCGUCCAUGCCGAGCUCUUCGUCCCGGCCAGAAACGAGCUUGCCAAGUAUGCCAUGGAAUCCAGCAAUGAAUCAACCUCCGACAGGUCUUCAAGAGUUCUAUGACAUGGGAUGGAAGGCUGAUGAUGUGCUCGAGCAUCUCUUGGCUACGCAGCCGAAUGUCCUUGGACUACCUGAUGCUUCGACUGGGCCGACAUUGACUCCUUCCCAGGCAGCCAGCUUCACUCCUCAGAGUUGGAUGGCCAAUCCCUUAGUCAGUCAGGCUUUGGGAACCCUUGUUGAAAUGGACUCCGAGAUGGCCAUCCAAGAUCCACCGGAAUCUGAUCCGCCUCCACCAGAACCUGAAGAACCACCUGGUGCUGAUCCUGCUUGCCAGCAUCUUAGAAUCACCAGAAGAGGCUCCAAUUUCUACUACACGUUCGAAACAUGUGUGGAUUGCAAGAGGGUUUUGAAGCGAGAAAGGAGAACGCACAAUGCUCCUCCGAAAGCAAACCCAGUAGCAGCACCUCCACCUACUGGACCACCCUGCCAACAUCAACGAGUGCACUGGCGAGGUUCCAAUGGAUAUCACUGGAGGAUGACUUGUGCGGACUGCGGCCACGUCACUUCAGGUCGCUGGCAAGAUGAUCAGAAAGGCUCCAAGGGAUCAGGGAAGUCAAGCGUUUGUGGUUCCAGUUCUGUUGAGAUGGCAUUUGAUCGCCGUGACCUUCAUGAGUUGGUUCGUUCCAUGACUAUGGUUGCAGCUAUCAAGAUGGAUGAGAAGGGUGGCAGAUUGCAGCUCCAUGAGCUACAUGACAUCAUGGAGGCAGUGGCCAACAACAUGACUGGAGCUCCGACCGCUCCACUAAGGUCACCUGAGUUCCACAGUCCAAUGGCCUCUUCUCCAGCCAUGACAACUCCCCAAGGUGAAUCCAGAAACUCCCAGGAUCCAUCUUCCUUGACAUCUGCGGCGAUUGAAGAUGACAGGAUCGUGGACUUUGGCAAGUACAAGGGUAAGACCUUCCUUCGUGCCUUUCAGGACGAUUCCUAUGUCAACUGGGCUUUGAGAGAAGUCAAUGAAGGCUCCUGCCGCGGCCUCAAGAAUCUGGCUCGCUACUUCCAGAACAAGAAGAUCAGCCCUAGAGCCAUGAUGGCUUGUGAGGAGACUCAGCAAGUUGACGAGCCCAAUGACGAUGUCAACCGCAAUGAGAAAUGGAUGAUUGCAAUCCUUGACAGUGGAUGCAAUCGCACUUGCCAUGGUGCAAAUUGGAUGAAGCUCUACCUCCAAGCUGUUGACGGAAAGGAAGCUGACUUUCCUAUUGUCUCUGAAGGCAGUUCCAUCAAGGGCAUCAAUGGCCAAGUUGAACCUUUGGGUUCGAGAAGGUUGCAAGUGGGUUUUUCCUUGAAGGAUGAUGCUGGCAUCGCUGUGGGAACCAUUGACAGUGUUGAGCUCAAGAACAGCGAUGCUCCCUUGCUUCUCUCAAUCCAAGACCAACGAAAAUUGGAACUUCAAAUGGAAUUUUCGCCUGAUGCACCUGACAAGGUCUACAGCAAGAAGCUUGGUGGUUAUCUGGAAGUCGUCCAGAUGAAUGGCUUGGUUGGUUUGCAUUUGUUGCCUGCUCAUCUUGCGCUCCUUGGAUUUACUGGAGAGCCUGAUGAGACGCCUUCUUCCAAUCCAAUUUCAACGCCUGAAGUGUCAAUGGCUCCACCACCUGGUCUUGAGCAUGAAACCCCCAAUGAGACUUUUCUCCAGCUUGAUCAAGAAGUGACCAAGGUGAUGACAAGGGGCCAGAAGAAAGCGUUGAAGGAGCAAGUUGAAGAAGUCAAGGCGAACGACAUGAGCCUUUGGUCAGUUUUGAAAGGCCGAUCUCCCACUCGAGUUCUGCCAAAGGGCUGCAAAGUUUUCCUCAUGGAGAUCUUCGCUGGAGCUGCAAUCCUUUCCUCAAUGGCAAUGAGCCUUGGACUUGAAGUUGCCAAUCCAGUGGACUUGACUAUGGAUGGCAGCGAUUUGCUCAAUAGUGCAGUUCGCACUUCCAUUGAGAAGGAGAUUGCCGAGAAGGAUCCUUACGUCCUGACCUUCAGCCCUGUAUGUGGACCUUGGGGUCCAUGGUCUCACUUGAACAUGAGCAAAAGCAGUGAGACCAAAGAGAAGAUCGAGGGAGCUCGAAGCUUGUGGUAUCCAACUUUGAAGUGGAUUGCCAAGGUGGUGAAGGAGCGUUUGAGUCGCGGCCGAAAAGUUUUGGUUGAAAACCCUUGGCCUAGUGAGCUGUGGGAAACACAGCCCUUUCGAAGGCUCUUGGACUUGGAGCUCUUCGAUGCUGAGACCCGAGAACGCCUGGACUUAGUUCGAGGGGAUCAGUGCCGGUUUGGACUUCAUGACCGGAGAAAUGGACUUUUGCACAAGAAACCAACUGGGUUUUUGACGGCCAGCGCUCCUGUGAAGAGAAAUCUCUCACUACUUUGUCAAGGAGAUCAUCCUCACCAACCUUUAGAAGGUGGUCAGCGUACUAAGCACUCUCAAGUUUGGCCACCUGCUCUUUGUGAAGCAAUGCUCUAUGGCUUCCUUGAAGAAUUGGAAGAUCGAUCUACCAGUGCGGCCUUUUUCACGGAGAACCUGGCUGAGUCAACUUUGGAGUCAGGUCUUGAUCUUGGAGCUAUGGACUUUAUUCAAGAUGAACAAGAUCAAGCUCUUCCCCGUGAUCUUCUUCCAGAUCGCCUUAACCCUGAAGAACUUCAAAGACAAGAAGGCUUGGAAGAGAGGCCCUUGGUAGUUGGUCCAGAGAUGGGAGUUGAGUAUGAAAGACGGAAGAAAUGGCUGAGGCUUCCAAGGUCAACAAGAUUAGCCCUUCGACGACUCCACAAUAUGACUGGGCAUGGAACAACUGCUUCAAUGAUCCAACUUUUGAGAACUGCUCAAGCAAGUCCUGCCGUCAUUGAGGGAUGCAAGCACUUUGCUUGCGAGACCUGCCGCAAGACUCAACCCGUACAAAGGCCCAAUGUUACCAAGAUGCCCAACAAACCUGUCUUCAACCAUGAGAUUGCCUUGGAUGCUCUUGAAGUUCGUGACUCAGCGGGCAAUCGACACACCAUCUUAUCAGCAGUGUGUUUGGGAACACUUUUCCAUCAAUGCUGGUGGGUUGCUUCGGGAGGUAUGCCGAGAAGUUCGGUCUGUGCUGAAGCUCUUCUACAAGGAUGGAUUUCUCCAUUUGGACCUCCAAACACAAUCACUUGUGAUCGAGGAAUGCACAAUCAAGGCCGACUCAAAGAUCUUCUAAGGAUCAACGGCAUUUUCCUGCGCUACACUGGCGUUGAAGCACCUUUUCAACUGGGUCGAGGAGAACGGCAAGGCUCCCUUUUCAAAGAUUUGAUCUAUGCUGCCAUUGAAGAGAGACAGAUCAUUGGCAUCAAGGAGAUGAAAGUCUUGGUUUCAGAAAUGUGCGUAGUGAAAAAUAUGAAGCUUCACCACCAAGGCUUCACUCCAUACCAAUGGGUCCUCGGCAAGCUUCCAGUUGAUCCAACAUCUUUGACUUCAGAAGAGGCUGAUGGCCGUUAUCUUGGAGUUCAAGAACAUAUCAUUGAGCCAGAGGAUGAGUUUUCUUUUCGGUUGCAAGUACGUCAAGCCGCCAAGUCAGCUUUUACAAAAGUUGACGCAAGCAGAAGAGUCAGAGCUGCCUUGCUCAGGAAGAGUGUACCUCUUCGUGGGCCUUACUCUCAAGGUGAUCUAGUCUGCUUUCACCGUCGUGGAAAGUGGCACGGACCAGCAAGAGUCAUUGGCAAAGAUGGCAGAGCUGUCAUUUGGCUCAUGCAUGGCGGAGUUCCUCUGGUGGAAGCUGAAUCGAAUCUUCGACCAGCAUCAAGCUCUGAGAUUUUCACCAAACGAAUCCUUGAGCUGAGACCUUCAAGGAAACGUCUCCGUGAAGUUUUGGAAGAACGCCCUGAGUUGGAAGAACCAACACCUUUUUCUGAUGAUUAUCAAUUACAACAAUGGGGCGAAGGUGAUGAUGAUUCUCAGAUGCGCUUUGUGGAAAUGCCUGGUGCUGGAGGUGGAAUUCCAGAAACUCCUUUUCCAGAACAGCCAGCUCAACUUGAAUCGAUGGAAUUCGAAGCAAUUCCUGAACCUGAGCUACCUUUUCCAUUUCCUGCUGAGGUCGAUGAUGUCAUUCCUACUCCAACAACUCCACUUGCGGACCAGGAGCCCACUCCUGUCCUAGAUCUUGCUUCUGAUGUUGAUACGGUGGUAGUAUCUGAAGAGCCUGAACUUGAAGAGAUGCCGUCCACUCCGGCAAUUACUCCUCUACAACAAGCUCUUCGAAAUUCUCCAGACCAAUUGGAUGGAAUUCCCAGAUCUGCUCAGCCUCCUGGACUCGCGAGGCCAAGAUCAAGAUCUCCCUUGCGUGAAGCUCGAAAUAUCCCAGUUCCUGAUGAACCAGCAGAAGGUCAUUCAGCCAUUGAGCGUGUGAAGCAGCAGAAUUUUGGUUGCUUCCUUGCCAAGCGAUUUCAAAAGAAGAAGAAGAAGCUGGGUCCACAUCGUGAGCUGAACUAUGCCAAAGAAACUCCAGAGAUCCGAAAGGGUCUUGACAAGAGCAGAUUGAAAGAAUGGAACAACUGGCGUCAGUUUGAUGCCACUGAUGUGAUCCCUCCUGAACAAGUUCAGCAAUACUUAACGGAUCAUCCAGAAAUUGAAGUUCUACCAUCUAGAUGGGUAGACACAGACAAAGCCGAAGUUGGCGAAGCAAUGCAACUGAAAAGCCGUUUGGUAGCUCUUGGCCAUUUAGAGAAGAAUGGCAAUGUGAGAACUGACAGUCCGACAGCAAGCCAACUUUUCCUCAACCUGAUCAUUGCCUUUGCUGCUUGCAUGGGAUUGCCCCUCAAAGCUGGAGACAUCAGCGCAGCUUUCUUGCAAGGAUUGCCAAUUCAGCGACUCUUGGCUCUGUGGCUUCCCAAGGAUGGAAUCCCUGAUCCAUCCAUAGCCCCCGGCAGUUUGCUUGUGGCUCGAAAAUCAGUGUAUGGAACCAGAGAUGCACCACGUGGCUUUUGGAAGGCACUUCAUGAUACACUUCUCCAAGCUGGACUUCUUCCAGUUCCAGGAGAGACCUCUGCAUAUUACCUUCCAGGCGAGAAUGGCAAGAUAGCCGGAUUGCUUGGUUGCCACGUUGAUGAUUUGCUCUGGGUUGGCUCAGAUGAAAUGCAGAAAACAAUGAUGAUUGUACAAGAGAAGUUCAAGUUCAGAUUGGUUGAAGAUGAUGAGCUGAAGUACUGUGGUCGCACAAUCAAGCAGACCAAAGAGGGCAUCCACGUUUCUUGUCCCAAUGUCUUGGAUCGCACCAAGGCGAUUUACGUGGAGCCUCUCCGUCGAAAACAGCUCAGUGCACCAGCAACUCAGUCAGAGAUUAGUCAGUUGCGUUCAGUCAUUGGCAGUUUGAGUUGGUUAGGCAGAAUUUGUAGACCAGACAUUUGUUUUGCUGUGAAUCAAUUACAAGCCGUGCAGCAAAAAGCUCAAGUUCGCCAUUUGAUUGAAGCCAACAAACUUUUGAGUUUUUCCAUGCAGGAUAAAAACAAAGGAAUCUUUUACCCAGCCAAAGCGUUUGAUUUUGAAAAUUCAAUUUUACUCAGUGUCACAGAUGCCUCUCAUGCAGCUAGUUUCGAGAACAUUGGCAAGAAUUGUGUAGCUGGACAUCGAUCCCAGUCCGGCAGAAUUUUGGCACUGGCAGACCCUUCGUUUGAACAGACUGGAUGUGGAAAGGUGAUGCUCCUGGAUUGGCAUAGCAACACCAUUCGUCGCGUUUGUAGAUCCACUUUGCAAGCUGAGACUCUUUCUUUGCUUCAAGGAUCAGAAGAUGCAGAACACGUCCGUCAGAUCAUGUUCCACUUAAAGAAUAAGGCAACCGAGGUGAAGAAAAACAUGAUCUACACGAAGGCUAUGGAUGAUAUGAAAUGCAUUUGGUGUACAGAUUGCCGUUCACUUUCAGAUCAUUUGUGUAACCCAAACAUGACCGAGGUGAGUUGCAAACGUUUAGCAAUAGAUCUCAGUGCUCUUCGUCAAGAGAUUUGGCGCCAUCCGAAUGAGUCUGUUGGAAACCCUACCUAUGCAGAUGAAUUGCCCAAAGAUGGAAGCACCAUUGUGCGCUGGAUAUCUACUGGAAGCAUGGUUGCUGAUGGCCUUACGAAACACAUGAAAGCACCUCAAUUAGAUGAUCUCACUGACAAAGGUGAGCUGAAGGUGCCACGACGCAGCCGAAAGAAUCCUUCCCUCAGGGGCAAAGUCUUUGAUGACGUGAAGGGCUUUUUCAAGGAGCUCGCGCGCCCCAAGGAGAACUUCCCUCACAACCACGUGAACCCCCAGACAAAGGUUGGCAUCAAUGGAUUUGGCCGCAUCGGACGCAUGGUCUUCCAGGCCAUUUGCGACCAGAACCUCCUUGGUACCAAGUUGGACGUGGUGGGUGUUGUCGAUAUGUCCACGGACGCUGAGUAUUUUGCGUACCAGAUGAAGUAUGACAGCGUCCACGGCAAGUUCAAGCAUGACGUCAAGAUCGGUGAGAAGGAUGAGCUGAUUGUGAACGGCCACAAGAUCAAGUGCAUCCAAGCGAGCCGCGAAGGACCCAAGGCCUUGCCAUGGAAGGAGAUGGGAGUCGAAUAUGUGAUCGAAUCCACGGGCUUGUUCGUGGAGGCAGACAAGGCCAAGGGUCACAUUGAAGCCGGAGCCAAGAAGGUCAUCAUCUCCGCUCCUGGCAAAGGCGAUUUGAAGACUUUGGUGUGCGGCGUGAACCACACCGAGUACGACAAGGCCUCCAUGGAUGUGGUGUCCAACGCCUCCUGCACUACGAACUGCCUGGCACCAAUUUGCCACGUGCUGUUGAAGGAGGGCAUUGGAAUUGAGAAGGGCCUGAUGACCACUAUCCAUUCCUACACCGCCACUCAGAAGACCGUGGAUGGUGUGUCGGCAAAGGACUGGCGUGGCGGUCGUGCGGCUGCGUGCAAUAUUAUUCCCAGCGCGACUGGUGCGGCCAAGGCCGUCGGUGAGGUCUUGCCAACCACCAAGGGCAAGUUGACCGGUAUGGCCUUCCGCGUGCCCACACCUGAUGUGUCCGUGGUCGACUUGACCUUCACUGCUGAGAAGGACACCUCCAUCGAGGAAAUUGAUUCCCUGUUGAAGAAGGCCACCGAGACCUACAUGAAGGGCGUUCUCUCCUACACAGAUGAGGAGUUGGUGUCUGCGGACUUCAUUCACAACAUGAAUUCCUCCAUCUACGACUCCAAGGCCACCCUGCAGAACAACCUCAAGGGUGAGAAGCGCUUCUUCAAGAUCGUGUCCUGGUAUGACAACGAGUGGGGCUACAGCAACAGGGUCGUGGACUUGCUGAUGUAUAUGAUUGGAGCCUAG